AUGCAUUCCAAUGAGCAAGAAAAUGGAAAAUUCCCCUCAUCCUUCAAAUACUACACUUUUACAGUGUGCGCGGUGUACGUUACGGACUUGUGCGCAGUGCGCUUUACGGACUCGGACUAUGACGUCAACGUUGUGGAUGCACUGCGAACGCUUCAAUUCUAG